CAGAUGGAGGUGCCACCUCGGCCAGAAAUGUUUGACUUCCACGGAGUCUGCAUGGUCCAUCAGUUUACUGACAACUGGGAUAAUCUACAGAACUUCAAAGCAAGACCAGAUGAUAUUCUUAUUGCUACUUACCCUAAAGCAGGGACCACAUGGGUGUCUUACAUCCUCGAUCUUCUAUAUUUUGGACAAUUGGGUCCAGACCGUCAAACAUCCAUCCCUCUUAAUGAUAGAGUACCCUUCCUGGAGAUCUGCAAACCUCGUUUACCCACAGGUACAGAACAAGCAGAGAAACUUCCCACCACUCCUCGUCUCAUUAAAACACAUCUACCGGUCCAGUUUGUACCACAGUCGUUCUGGAAGCAGCGCUGCAGGAUAAUCUAUGUGGCCCGUAAUGCAAAGGACAAUGUAGUGUCUUAUUUCCACUUUGCACGCAUGAACAGUGCCCUGCCAGAACCAGGAGACUGGAGCUCCUAUCUGCAGGAGUUCAUGGAGGGGAAGAGGGCUUUUGGGUCAUGGUAUGAUCACGUGAACAGCUGGUGGGAGAAAAAGCACACUUAUUCAAAUCUUCAUUUCAUGUUCUAUGAAGAUUUGAUUGAGGACUGUGGACGAGAAAUAGACCGACUGUGUUCCUUCCUUGGUUUGUCCCCGUCAGUUGAAGAGAAGGAAAGAGUCAGAGCCAGUGUGACGUUUGACAGCAUGAAACAAAACAAGAUGACCAACUACUCCACCGUCAAAACUAUGAACCACAAUGUGUCUCCUUUCAUGAGAAAAGGAAAAGUGGGUGACUGGAAGAACCACUUCACUGUGGCCCAAAAUGAAAAGUUUGAUGAAGACUACAAGCAGAAGAUGAAGAAUCCUGAUCUAAAGUUUCGCUUUGAAAUUUAG